AAAGGUGCGUUCAUUGCUUUGAGAGCUAGCUACUUUGACGUUUAGUAUUGAUGUUCUAUUGUUCUUUGUAAAACAGACACAAGGCGAGCUAAAAUGGCGUCCAAACGCAAGGGUGGCACGUCCGGCAACAAGUUCCGCAUGGCCCUGGGUCUCCCAGUGGCCGCGGUCAUGAACUGCGCUGACAACACGGGCGCUAAGAACCUGUACGUCAUCUCGGUCGUCGGCUGGGGCAGCAGGCUGAACCGCCUGCCCGCCGCCGCCUGCGGUGACAUGGUCAUGGCCUCGGUGAAGAAGGGCAAGCCCGAUCUGCGCAAGAAGGUGACCCCUGCGGUGGUCAUCCGCCAGCGCAAGCCCUACCGCCGGAAGGAGGGUGUGUACAUUUACUUCGAGGACAACGCCGGUGUCAUCGUCAACCCCAAGGGUGAGAUGAAGGGCUCUGCCAUCACUGGCCCCGUCGCCAAGGAGUGCGCGGACCUGUGGCCGCGUAUUGCCAGCGCUGCCAACUCGAUCGUCUAAAGGUAGUUGCUACCCCGUGUAACGACUCGCCGUGCAGUUGCUGUCCCCUGUGUCUGUCCCGGCGCUCCAUGCGCUUUGGGAACCAUCAUGAGCACAAAACACAAGCGGCAGCGCCGUACUUAGGUUGCAUGUGGCAGCACGAUAAGGGCGUG